AUGUACACAAAUAAACACGUCCCUUCGGCAUCCUAUCAGUCAAUAGCGAUUUCUAUGAAGGGAACGUGUUUUGCACCUGCAAGCAAAACAAUAAACGCCGAAGCCGGUACAUCGGUUUCGAUAUUGCUUAAGAAUGAAGACGGACAGGCUGUUGUCAUAUCCUACAAAGAAAGACUGGAAAAAUCUGAAGCUGGUGAGCCUAUUAUCACAGUCGCUGGUGCCAGAUUGAUGGACAGUGUCAUUAUCAAGGAUUCUAAAGGAGUAGAAGUGGCGAUGACUCCAACACCAACUUUUAUUGCUGGCGAACCGGUUAUAACCGAUGGCACCAGAUUAAAACAAGUCGUCGUAGAAAAGUACGAAUUGUUACUUAACGGCAUCAGCAUCAAGAAAUUCGACAUGUACCAAGGGGGUGUUUACUUGGCAACAAUAUCCGGCAAAACUGCCGACUUUUACGAGAUCACAGAACCUAACGUUGUCCAUAUAUCGUGGAUGUUGCCGCAGAGCAUUUUGCUGAUUUUUGGCGAAGUUUACUUUGGAAUUACCUUUGAGCAGUUUAGGUACACCGAGGCUCCUGGUUCCUGCAAAGUGUUGGUGAUGGCUUUGCAACUUGCGAUGAAUUCUUUGGGCGAAAUGUUUGUCGACAGUGUUCUUCGUAUUGAGGGAAUUGAUCACGAUCAUAAAUUGUAUAUUGAGGCGACUUGUCUUGCUAUCAGUAUGGUAAUUUUCGGAUUUGUGGGCAAGAUCUUCAAACCUCUGGCUACGAAUAAUGUCCUUAUCUGA